GUCUUUUACACUCCAUUCCAGAAGGUGGCGGCAAUGCACCUAAAAGUUGCGUGCCAACUGCCAUUAAACAAAAAGAAGAAGAAGAGCUGUUGCCUUGCCGUUACACUCGUAGUACAAACAUGGGGGCCGUAACAGAUGACGAAGUUAUACGCAAACGUCUUCUUAUUGAUGGCGACGGAGCUGGAGAUGACCGAAAAAUCAACGUGCUGCUAAAGAGUUUUCACCAAAUGUGCAACUCGCCUGGGACCCCGGAGGAAGGAUUUACGCAGUAUCAGAGGAUGCUGGGCACACUGGCCCAGUGUGAGUUUUCCAUGGGGAAGACGUUGAUGGUUUACGACAUGAAUCUUCGAGAAAUGGAGAAUUAUGAGAAGAUUUACAGUAAUAUAGAACAAAACAUCAUGUCUGCACAUGAGAAGAUAGCAGAAUGCAAAAAAGAAAUCCAGAGAGCGAAGAGGAUACGAAAGAAUCGCCAAGAAUACGAUGCUUUAGCUAAAGUUAUCCAGCAACACCCAGACCGGCAUGAAACACUAAAGCAGUUGGAGGCACUUGACAAAGAGCUCCAACAACUCUCUCACAUCAAGGAGAAUGUGGAUGCAAAGUUGGAGUUAAGGAAGAAGCAGUUCCAUGUGCUGCUCAGUACCAUACAGGAGCUACAGCAGACUCUUGAGAAUGAUGAGAAAUCAGACGAUGACAACAAUCAGGAGAGCCCUGCAGGGAAUGGUGAAUGAACACGAAGAGAUCCUGACUGGAAUAAAUUGCGAACUGCUUUUAAAUGAUUAGGAUUUUGUCUAAAAAAAAAACCCUUUUUUGUAUGUAUUUUUAAAUAAAGCUGACUUGUCCGUA